GUUUGCAAUUGCACCCACAAGAGACGUUCAGCAGUUUGGACUCUGAGCUCAGAAAUCCCCGAGCAAAACAAACAACAACAAAAAAAAGAAGCUACAGGGGUAGGCGACGUUUUGAGUGUGACUGAAGUGGAAGUGAAAGUAAGACUCCAGGGUUUUCUUCAUCCAUGGCGUCCAGUAUGAGGCAGGACGAGACUCUGAGUCUCAGUGAGGAUCUCACGUGUGCCAUCUGCUGUGAUCUGUUCCAAGAGCCAGUCAUGCUUGGCUGCAUGCAUCACUUCUGCAGGUCAUGCAUCACUACCUACUGGAGAGAUCUUCGAGGUCCAGCGAUGUGCCCUCAGUGCCGGAAGGAGUUCCCCAAAAAACAGUUUCAGACCAACUAUCUGGUGGCUGGCCUGGUCGAAAAGGUCCGAGCCAGUUCAUCAGCUGCGUCUGUGAGGAAUUUACAGAAGCAGAUGAAGGACGGUCUGGACCCACGGAAAGAACAGCUGAUCGCCAUGAUCCGUAAAGACGAAGAAGAGAUGAACACGUUAAGAAAAAUAGGAGCUGAUCUCAAGGAGAGAGUGUGUCAUGAUUUCCAGGCUCUGCAUCACUUCCUGCAAGUGGAGGAGGUGGCCAUGCUGGAUCAGCUGCGGCGGGAUCAGAUGGAGCUGGAGCACAGCCUGGAACGACACCUCGAGGCUCUGCAUACAGCAAUUCGAGAACCGGAGCAGAGAGUGGGCUCACUCCAAAUGACUACCAGCACCCUGCCAGAAUUACAUUCCAGACCACAUGUUCCAGGACUUUCUGUUGAUGGUUUUAAGAGCAAAUACAUAGCUCCUCUUCAGUAUACUUUGUGGCGAAAAAUGUUAAAAAAUUUAAAACCAGGCCCACUUCCAGUGACCUUCGAUGAGGACACAGUUCAUCCAAGCCUCCAGCUCUCUCGAGACAGGACCCAAGUGGUUGAGGCUGAAGCCAUGCUGCCCUACAAACCGAAUCCGAAGCGCUUCGUUCAGUGUGUUAAUGUUCUUGGAGCCCAAGGUUUCCAUACAGGCAGACAUUACUGGGAGGUGGGCGUUGGCACCAAGCCCAAGUGGGACAUAGGUGUUGCCCUGGAAACAGUGAAUCGAAAGGCACGUGUGAAGCUGUGCCCCAAUAAUGGGUACUGGACACUGCGUCUGCGCAACCACACGGAGUACUCAGCAGGCACCCAACCCUGGACCCCAUUGUGUGUGACCUCUCGACUUCUAAGGAUUGGGGUCUUUGUGGACUGUGAGGAGCGUACAGUUUCCUUCUACAAUGCUGAUGACAUGAGCCUGCUCUACUCAUUCUCCAAUGGGCCCAAAGGGAAGGCUUUUCCAUUCUUUAGCACGUGUCUCAGUGAACCUGGACAGCGAGCUCAGCCGAUCUAUCUCCUGCACUUCCCCAGCAUGGCUGUCUGAGAAACUUCAGAUCUUUAUACAUACAUACAUACCUACAUACAUGCAUACAUGUAUAUGCACACACACACACACACACACACACACACACACACACACACACACACAAAAAUACCAUUUUCAGUCACUUAUUCAACAGAAAUAUCAUUAGAUGUGAUAUUCUUCUGUGGAAAAAGUAAGUACACCGUUGGCCUCAGAAGGUAGUAUUGCCCCCUUUAGCAGAAAUAACUUCCUGUAUGGAUUUUGCAUAAUUGUCCACCAGGCUUGCUGGAAUUUUUGACCACUCUUCCAUGCAAUAUUCUUUCAGUUGCAAGAUGUUUGAGGGUUUACUUGCAUGUACUGCCCGUUUCAAAUCCCACACAAAACAUUUCAAUAGGAUUCAAAUCCGGGCUUUGGCUAGACCAUUCCAUAACCCCCCAUUUCUUCUUUUUGAGCCAUUCCUUGGUGGAUUUGCUAGUGUGCUUAGGAUCAUUAUCCUGUUGAAAGGUCCAUUUCGGUUCAACUUCAACUUUUAGACAGAUGGCCCUCACAUUAUCUUCAUGCACUCUUUGAUAUGAUGCAGAAUUCAUGUGUUCAGAUGUUUUUUUUUGUUUUUUUUUGUUAAGUUGUGAAAAUGACUACAAUAUGUCAAUUUUAUGUGUCAUUUGAUAGUGUAUCACCUUUAUUAGUAUCAGCUGUUUCUAAGAGGAUCAACUAUGUAAAAAAUCACCAACAUGUAUACAUUGUCUUUAUUGUUGAACUUUUUGAUCUUUUCUUUCACAGAAAUAGUCUGUGCUCUUGGAUAUCAAACAAUAGAAAACAAAACAGGUUUCUCAAAUAUAUAUCUUUGUUAAAUAUAUGUUUGCCACAAUUAUUGGCACCCUUUUAAUCAAUACUAUGUACUACCUCCAUUUGCCAUGAUAGUUCUGAGUCUUCUAGAACACCUGAUGAGGUUAGAGAAUACAUGGCAAGGGAUCUGAGACCAUUCCUCCAUACAGAAUCUCUCCAGAUCCAUCAAAUUUCGAGGUUCACGCUGCUCUUCAGUUCACCCCACAGGUUUUCUAUGGGGUUCAGGUCAGGGGACUGGGAUGGUCAUGGCAGGACCUUGAUUUUGUGGUCAGUAAACCAUUUUUGUGUUGAUUGUGAUGUAUGUUUUGGAUCAUUAUCCUGCUGGAAGAUCCAGCCAUGGCACAUUUGAAGCUUUCUGGCAGAGGCAGUCAGGUUUUCAUUUCAUAUCUGUUGAUAUUUGAUAGAGGCCAUGAUGCCAUGUAUCCUAACAAAAUGUCCCGGUCCUCUGGCAGAAGAACAGCCCCAAAACAUUAAAGAGCCUCCACCAUAUUUAACCGUGGGCAUGCGGUACUUUUCCAUAUGGCUACCUCUCUGUGUGUACCAAAACCACCUCUGGUGUUUAUUUCCAAAAAGCUCUAUUUUGGUUUCAUCUGACCAUAGAACCCGAUCCCAUUUGAAGUUCCAGUAGUGUCUGGAAAACUGAAGAUGCUUGAGUUUGUUUUUGGAUGAGAGUAGAGGCUUUUUUUUCUUGAAACCCUUCCAAACAACUUGUGGUGAUGUAGGUGACUUCGGAUUGUAGUUUGGAGACUUUCUGACCCCAAGACACAACUAACUUCUGCAGUUCUCCAGCUGUGAUUUUUUUUGGCCACUCGAACCAUCUUCUUCACAGUGCGUUGAGAUGAUAUAGACACACGUCCAAUUCCAGGUUGAUUCAUAACAUUUCCAAUUGACUGGAACUUCUUAAUUAUUGUCCUGAUGGUGGAAAUGGGCAUUUUUAAUGCUUGUGCUAUUUUCUUAUAGUCACUUCCCAUUCUGUGAAGCUCAACAACCUUUUGCUGCACAUCACAGCUGUAUUCCUUGGUCUUACCCAUUUGUUAUGAAUGACUAAAGGAUUUUGGCCUAUGUGUUACCUCAUAUUUAUACCCCUGUGAAACAGGAAGUCAUGGUUGAACAAUUUCCUGUUCCUAGGUGUACUAAAUGUAAAAUAUCAAUGGGAAUAUACGUCAAAUAAAUUUUUAUAUGAAUUCAUAGUGGUGCCAAUAAUUGUGGCGCACACACACAUUUAAUAAAAAAACUUAUUUUGAUAAACCUGUGUUGUUUGAAACUAUUUGAUAUCCAUGAGAGCAGAGAAUUUUUUGUGAUUUUUUUUUUCUUCUUCAAAGGAACCCUGACUGUGAAGACAUGAAGGCCUUAACAUGCAGUAAUUGCCAUCAUACUAAGAUAUGUUGUUAGAAACCCAUGAAAUAUGUUCAUUACUUUAAAAAUCCUUAACAUUUAAAACAUAUUUUAACCUAUGGAGGCUGCCAUUACGUGACCAGCGCAAUGCACUCUGAGUCGAUGAUGUAAAUUGUUGCACUUGAGCACUCAAAAGAACUAGCUACUAGCCCCCGCAGCAGGAAAUGAAUGCCACACUGUGCUGCUUUUGGCUGUACUUUUUCUAGUUCUUGUGUGCUGUGAUGCCAGGGCUAUCUGUAAAUAUAAUCAAACCCGUAAGCAUCUUGUUAGUGCGGUUACUUUCUGUAUAUUCUCGUAACAUAAAGCACCUGUAAAAUUGGCCUAAAAUGCAAGACGUAAAAUUAAAGCAGUUCUUGAACCA